AUGAUUCUGGGAAUGUUUGGUGAGACUGGAUCCACCUACCUGUGGACAUUCCCUCCAACCAGUCUUGCAGCUGGUUCAGCUAACUCAUUUUCAAAACUCAAUAACCACAGUGCCUGGACAUUUCUGCUGGUGGGAGCUCCUAAAGCAAAUACUACCCAGCACAACAUUGUAGAAGGCGGCCAGGUGCUCAAAUGCAGCUGGAAUUCAAACAGAAACUGCCAGCCGAUCAUAUUUGACUCCACAGGCAACAGAGAUUUUGCUCCUGAUGAUCCGCUGGAAUUUAAGUCUCAUCAGUGGUUUGGAGCCUCUGUGAGAUCUCAAAACGAUAAAAUUCUGGCCUGUGCCCCGUUGUACCACUGGAGAACUGAAACAAAACAAGAGAGGGAGCCUGUAGGAACUUGUUACCUGCUUGCGGGAUCUAAAUCUGUGGAAUAUGCACCCUGCAGGUCAACCACUAUCGAUGCAGAUGGACAGGGAUUUUGUCAAGGUGGAUUUAGUAUUGAUUUUACAAAGGGAGACAGAGUGCUACUUGGAGGACCUGGAAGCUUUUACUGGCAAGGCCAACUCAUUUCUGAUCGAGUGACAGAGAUUGUGGCUAAAUAUGACUCCAAAGUUUACAGUACCAAGUAUGAUGACCAGUUAGCUACCAGACCUGCCAGUGCUACUUUUGAUGACAGCUACUUGGGCUAUUCAGUGGCUGUUGGAGACUUCAAUGGUGACGGCAUAGAAGACUUUGUAUCUGGAGUCCCAAGAGCAGCAAGAACUCUGGGCAUGGUGUCUAUCUACAAUGGGAAAAACAUGUCUUCCAUGUACAACUUCACUGGCGAGCAGAUGGCUGCCUAUUUUGGGUAUUCAGUGGCUGCCACAGAUAUCAAUGGACUCAGCAGCUAACCUUAUUCUUUUUGGUCCAGUUAUACAGAUUUGUUUAUUGGAGCCCCUCUUUUUAUGGAUCGAGGUUCUGAUGGGAAACUUCAAGAGGUUGGGCAAGUUUCCAUUUGCCUUCAACGGGCUUCUGGAAGGUUUCAGAUCACAAAGCUGAAUGGUUUUGAGAUAUUUGCAAGAUUCAGCAGUUCUAUUGCACCUCUGGGGGAUCUGGAUCAGGAUGGCUUCAAUGAUAUAGCAGUUGCUGCGCCAUAUGGUGGAGAGGACAAGAGAGGACUUGUCUAUAUCUACAAUGGAAGAGCAAAUGGUUUGAAUGGAGUUCCAUCUCAAAUCCUGGAAGGGCAGUGGGCUGCUCGCACUAUGCCACCCAGCUUCGGGUACUCGCUGAAAGGAGCCACAGAUGUGGAUAAAAAUGGAUAUCCAGAUUUGAUUGUUGGAGCCUUUGGUGUUGACACAGCUGUUUUGUAUAGGGCUAGACCAGUUAUUAGAGUAAAUGCUGCCCUGGAAGUUAAUCCAACCAUUUUAAACCCAGAAAACAAAGCCUGCUCACUGUCAGAUGUCCAAGUGUCUUGCUUCAAAGUGAAGUUCUGCUUGAAAGCGGAUGGCAAAGGAAAGCUCCCUAAUACGCUCAAUUUUCAAGUGGAGCUGCUGUUGGAUAAACUUAAGCAGAAAGGAGCUAUAAGGAGAGCUCUCUUUCUCCACAGCAAACAGCCUAGCCACUCUAAGAACAUGACUAUUACAAAGGGAGGCAAAAUGAAUUGUGAAGAACUUGAUGCCUUCCUGAGGGAUGAAUCUGAAUUUAGAGACAAGCUAACUCCCAUUACUAUUUUUAUGGAAUAUCGUCUGGAUUACAGAACAGCUGCAGAUGCAACAGGAUUGCAUCCUAUCCUUAACCAGUUCACUCCUGCUAAUAUGAGCAGACAGGCACAUAUUCUGCUGGAUUGUGGUGAUGAUAACAUCUGCAAACCAAAGCUGGAGGUGUCAGUAGAAAGUGAUCAGAAGCAGAUCUAUAUUGGUGAUGACAAUCCCUUGACACUAAUUGUCAGUGCUCAGAAUCAAGGAGAAGGAGCCUAUGAAGCAGAACUCUUUGUCAUUGUGCCACCCCAAGCAGAUUUCAUUGGUGUUGUUCGUAACAACGAGGCUUUAGCAAGACUGUCAUGUGCAUUUAAAACAGAGAAUCAAACUCGCAUGGUAGUUUGUGACCUAGGAAAUCCCAUGAAAGCAGGAACUAAGCUACUAGCUGGCCUGCGUUUCAGCGUGCACCAGCAGUCUGAAAUGGACACCUCUGUGAAGUUUGACUUGCAAAUCCGAAGUUCCAACCUGUAUGACAAUCUAAGCCCAGUAGUAUCCUAUCAGGCUGACCUUGCCAUUUUAGCAGCUGUUGAAAUUAGAGGUGUGUCAUCUCCUGAUCAUAUAUUCCUUCCAAUUGCAAACUGGCAGCCAAAGGAAAACCCAGAAACAGAAGAUGAUAUUGGGCCUCUAGUUCAGCAUAUCUAUGAGCUGAGAAACAAUGGUCCAAGUGCCUUCAGCAAAGUGAUGAUGACUCUGCAGUGGCCUUACAAAUACAAAAACGACACACUGUUGUAUAUUGUUCAGUAUGAAAUAGAUGGUCCCAUGAACUGCACUUCUGAUAUGGAAAUCAAUCCAUUGAAAAUUAAGAUUUCUGCUUCUAAAGAUGAUGAUAAGAAUGAAACACUUAGCAGGGAAGAUAAUCGCGACCAUCAUAUCAGCCGAAGGGAUUUAACUGCCAUUGAAGGAGAUGUGCAAACUUUGGGCUGCGGAACAGCAGAGUGUUUAAAGAUAGUCUGUCAAGUUGGCCACCUGGAAAGGGGAAAGAGGGCAAUAUUGCAUUUAAAAUCUCGCCUUUGGACACAAACUUUCAUGCAUAAAGAAAAUCAGAAUCAUUCCUACUCUCUCAAAUCAUCUGCUUCUUUCAGUGUUAUAGAGUUCCCUUAUAAGAACCUUUCCUUCGAAGACAUCCACAAUUCCACAGUAGUCACUACAAAUAUUACAUGGGGUAUUCAACCACAGCCUAUGCCUGUGCCAGUGUGGGUUAUAAUUUUGGCUGUCCUAGCAGGAUUAUUACUCCUGGCAGUUCUAGUGUUUGUUAUGUAUAGGAUGGGCUUUUUCAAACGUGUGAGACCACCACAGGAAGAGCAAGAAAGAGAACAGCUGCAGCCACAUGAGAAUGGGGAAGGAACAUCAGAAGCUUAAGCAGAGUUUUAUCUGUAAGACAUUCUGAAAUUUUAAAAUGCCUACUUCUUGGUUACAAAUAUUGGCUUCCCUGUUAAGGAAAAAACACUCAUGACUGCAAAGCUGCUGGUCUCAAAGCAUGUACAAAAUGAGAGUAAAAUAUUUAAAUCCUCCUUUUUGUAUUAAUUAGGUUCAUGUAUGUGAUUAAUGCAUCUGCACUGAUUUGUGUUUGAAAAGUAGUAUGUAGUGCUAUGAUU